AUGGCAUCUUCCACAUCAUCAAGUGCUGGCAUCAUAGCCGAGCUAGCGAAUAAUUUGCAAAACAUCGAUCUACAGCUUCCGGAUGACCCUGCGCAAGGCCACUCGGUCCCCUAUCCACCUGGUCUUGACGAUAUUGCCCGUCGCGCUGAAUUCGAAGUUGCCUUCAUCGCCUUCACUCGACUUGUCGAUCUUCACCUCAAGUUCGGUGAUUCGCUCAAAAACAUCACUAUUCCAAGCGACAGCGAGGUUUUUCGGAAGGCUACCAAGACACAAAUCGCAAGAGCAAAGGUUCAAGCAGUCAGCAAGCUCGGUUUUAGAAUCUGGAAAGAGCAAUACGGAUACACUGCCACUCGAGAUGACGGUAAAGCUUUGUGGAGCAAUGCGAGUUUCGACAGAUGGGCGGAGACGAGGAUCAACGAAAUGAGAGAGACCCUUCUUGCCUACAGCAACAAUGAGGAGUGGCGAGCCCAGCUCUAG